CCCUCUGGAGAGGCAGAGCUCUUCUCCCGUGCCAUGGACAAGCUCAGCAGAAACAAGCCCCGGUUGGGGCCCCCGGUCCCACCCCCCAGAUGCAAGGCUGCCCCAGCUUGGAGAGACGAUGCCCCCAGCCCAUCUCCUCUGCCUGCCCCAGAGACCUGGCAGCACAAGCCUCCCUUCCUGAAGGCCCAGCAGAAAGAAGCGGAAGAGGAUAAGUACGAGCUGCCUCCCUGUGAGGCUCUGCCCCGCGGUCUGGCCCCUGCGCACCUUCCUGGCGUGGAAGAGGCCUCCUUGUACCUGGAUCACUCGAGCCUCAUGGGCCCCCCAUCCCCCGGGCCUCAGCCCACCAAGGGGAGAGGCCUCCUCACAAGUCCUACCUUUCCCACCGGCCCCACCCCGGGCCACCACUUCCCGCUGAAGGCACCAGUGCCCCCACAUGUGGCCAUGAAGCAGGGCUCCAACUUCGGCAGGCGAGAGUGGCGCGCACCCUCUGGAGUGGUGCCAGGCCCUGCCAAGAGCCCCGAUGAGAACAUCUACCUGCAGUGUGAACCCGACCCAGCUCCUACUUUGGCUUGGACUCUGAGCUCCCAAGCUCUGAUGCCCCCAGCCCCUCUGCCGAGGACCUCUGCGGUGCCCAGGUCUACUGUAGCUCCCGCAGAAGCUCGGAAUGGAGCGGCAGAUGCCACCUCUAAAGCCGGAAGGAGAUUGUCUCUUCACUCCAAAGCCUCUAUCGGGAACUCCUCAGUCACGGAGGACUGUGGCCUGCUGGGUCAGCCGUGGUACUCGGGGAACUGUGACCGGCACGCUGUUGAGACGGCCUUGCUCCGCUUCCAAAAGGACGGGGCCUACACGGUGCGGCCCAGCUCGGGGCCUUACGGCUCCCAGCCCUUUACCCUGGCCGUGCUCCUGCGAGGCCGGGUCUUCAACAUCCCCAUCCGGCAGCUGGAUGGCGGGCGCCACUACGCCCUGGGCCGGGAGGGCAAGCACCGUGAGGAGCUCUUCUCCUCCGUGGCCGCCAUGAUCCAGCACCAUGCGAAGCACGCUCUGCUGCUGGUGGACAGACAUGGUGGCAGCUGGGGAUUCACCUGUCUGCUCUUCCCCACCAAGCCCUGAGGCCACAGCAACGGUACUGCACCACUGUCCCCAGAGGACAGCGCCAGGAAGGACUGCCCAGAGAGGGGCACCCCUGGACCCCUGCUGCAGGCUCACACAGUGGCUGACAGCGCCCCUUCUGGCUCCAUCUCCUAGGCCAAGGACCCAGUGCCAGCCCCCCUAAUGGCAGCACCCACCCAGAGAAGUUGGCUCCCUGCCGGGAGCCAACAUACCCCAAAGCCGACAGGGUAUGCCACCAGCCCUUUGUGCAGCAAAGGGAAUCCCUUACCUUUUCCUGGUGCUUAGCAUGCUCUGGGAGGCCUAGUUUGCCCUGCACAUAGUACGCGCUCAAUAAACAUUUGUUGAAUGAA